AUGAGCACAGAACAACUUCUUGAUAUCGACCCUCCAGUGCUUAGUUUGCCAUUUGAGCUGAGGAGAGUCAGAAGACAAGUGUCUUGUACAAUUCGGCUGUCAAAUAAAACCCAACAUCGCGUCGCUUUUAUGGUUGUAACUCCAAAUUCGCAAAAUUAUGGAUGUGAACCCAAUCACGGUAUUCUUUCGCCUAGAUCAACAUGUGAUCUCACAGUAACAAUGCAAGCCUUGGAGGAGGCUCCUCGCAACAUGCAAUGUGAGAACAAGUUUCUGAUUCAGAGUUUAGUCGUGAGUUUUGGUGCAACCAUAGAAGACGUUGAAAUACUGUUCAAUGAGGAAGGACAUCAUAGUCAAAGUGGCCUACUGAAUGCGGAGUAUAUUUUCCCUUGCCAAGUUCAAUCAGUAGUUCCCAAUGGAAUUGUAGCAGGGAUAAUCAUUGUCAUGCUUGCGAUAAUUUUCUUCUACAUCGUGAAAAAGACGUUGCUGCUCAUCUGGAGUUUAAUACUUCUGUUCAUUAUGCUGACGAUAAAGCUAAUACGUCAGUCCACGUUAGAUGCAAUUAAAAAUUGGAUUUCAGGCACUCUGUGUGACAUUUUUGUCGAUCCUCUUUGUAGAAGAUUACAAGAUAUUGUGCAUGGGUUCGAACGAAAUAGAGAUAGAGACACUGACAGAGAUGGAGACAGAGCGUAA